CUGGCGGGUGCGGCGGUUCCGUCGUCAGGGAAGCGGUCGGUGGCGGUGGCGGGCGGGGCUGGACCCCCCGGGAGCGGCGGGAUUUGCGGGUCGGGAGCCGCCCUGGCCGUCCCGGGAGCAGACUUCCUCUGCGUGUGUGACCCAAAGCAAGAAUUGUUCUUGUCGCCUCUUGUUUUCGGCGUUGGUACAAGAACUGAGAAGAUGGUGAAUGUUCUGAAAGGUGUUCUGAUUGAAUGUGACCCAGCAAUGAAGCAAUUUCUGCUCUACUUGGAUGAGUCAAAUGCAUUGGGAAAGAAGUUCAUCAUACAAGACCUGGAUGAAACUCAUGUCUUUGUAUUGGCUGAGUUGGUUAACUUCCUCCAGGAGAGAGUGGGCGAGUUAAUGGACCAGAACUCUUUUCCUAUUACUCAAAAGUAAAAAGACUAGAGAAAUGAGAUUACUGCGAGUUUUGGAAUAGUGAAUUUCAAUAGCUUGGUUUGUUACCGUUUUAAUAGAUACACUAUGGUUAGUAAGUUCCACAUGGAAGUAGCUACAAUAGAAAAUGGAUCAUUUUUGUAGACAAAAUACUCUUGAAUUGGAUUUUAUUUCUCAUUUUGAAAGAUUAUAGUAUCUUUAUUAAAAUCCUUAAGAUGAUACACUUGAGGACUUGCCCAGAGAAUUUUUGAUGCAUGCUCUCCGUUCUUCCUUUAGGAUUUUUAUCUUGCAAGGUGGUGUCACCCAACAAUUAGGGUGGUGUCUUUGUAAUGGAAUGCUACAUGAAUUUCUCUAAUGUGUUACAUUCCUGUGGAAUUGAUUAAAUCUGGAUAUAGUGUGACUGAUAGAAUGUAAAGAGUAUCUGUUAAGGUAUGAUCUGUGCUUGGUGGAACAUCUCCAUACGUUGAAGGCAUGGUCAGAUACUGCUUUAACUUAAUGGAUUUUAUACACCAAAAAUGAAAGAUGGUGUGAAUUUUCUUUUCUUUUUGUUUUUUUGUUUUUUGGGGGGGUUUUUUGAUUGUUUGUUUGUUUGGGUUGUUUUUCCAAGUGCUUUACAAAUGCCCUGUAGUACUUGCCUACUUUUACCAAGGCUAUGCUUUCUGUGCUGUUCUGGGUUUGCGGAGUAGUGGUGAGCAUCUAGAAGUUUUGAGGCAGGAGAUGGGGACCACAAAAUCCAUUACUCAACCUCAUCCCAUUUUAACUGUAAACUGAUUACUUGCAUAUAAACAGUAGCAAAUUGAAGGGGUAACAUAUAUGGGAGACCAGUCCUUUAGAUAUAAAUGCUUGUAUUUUUCCACUGAAGCUAAUACCUAGACACAAUAGGCUAUGUGAUCAGGAAGUGGAAAUAAAGAUGUUUGUUCCACUUGUGAAGAAGAAAGAUGGCUUUAUUUUUUUUGGAGUGUUGGGUUUUGUUUUUUUUUUGUUUUGUUUUGGUUUGGUUUUUUUCUUUCCUUUUUUUUUUCUUCAGCUUAGCUCUUCUUCCCCCAUUGCACUUUGCUGCAAAGAAAACACCUCUUAGUUUGGGUGGUUUUUUUACACUGUAUUUGUAACGCUAUCUCAGACAUUGGCUUAUUAAGUCACCUAAUGCCUCAUGAUAAAACCUGUGAAGAUUUCUGUGUACAGUUUGGCAGAUACAGAUUACAGAAACAAGAAUAACAUGUAUUACCUUUGCUCUCAUCCCACUUUCUACUCAAAAUAGUCAAAUUUAUUGGAUCUAUAACUAAUAAUUUAUAAAUUAAACACUUCUGGGAUAUUGCUUCAAAGGGAAGCUUGGUUUUCAGAGCUACUUAUGUACAUCAGAUAGAUGCUGUCUUUUUCUCUGUGGGGGAAAAACAAGUGUAAAUAGAAAGGCUUUUAUAAAGAACAGAUUUAUUUAUUGACUCUUCCACCAUUUUUUUUUUCCUUACCUGCUAGAUAUCAGAUUAGUUGGUGGUAGUUCCCCUCCCCUCCCCCCCCCCCCCCCCCCCCCCCCCCCCCCAGGAAUUACGAAGCUUGAGGAGAAAGUUUCAUUAGAUUAUUUUAAUCAAAAAGCCGUCCAAAGAAAGUUCUGCAGAAUUGCUUAUAUUCAGGCAUAUGUAGAUGAGCAAUAGCCCUGUGGAAUUUAGCUUCAUUUAAUUUCUGGUACUCCCCCUUCUUUCUGACUGUAUAGAACAGUGGGUUUUGAUUCAAGUUGUUUCAUCUCUCUUUCUUUUACGAAUGGAUGUUUCCCCAGUCACAUAGAUCAAGAACCAGCUGCACAUCUUCAGAAGUCUUUUAUGAACGGUUUAUGGUUCUUUACCUCUUCCUUGAGAUUGGUCAAAUAUUAACCUCAUAACUUAUUUUGUGGAAGAUUACUGGAUGCUCAUUUAGUGGAGAGAUAAUCAGUAGUCUUAGCAUGGCAUGAUAGCUUAAUGCAAUUUAUUUAAGUGCCUUACAUAAUUUCUUUGGAAUCUUAGGGGUUUUUCCAUCCAGAUUUUGAUGAAAGGUAAAUGAUACUUCACUCUCCAAAUGACAGUGCCUGAAAAGUCCUGUUAGAAUUAUACAUGUUAAACUUCUCUUUGUUUAGCAUGUCUAGUGCUACAUUUCUGUUGUGAUUUUUUCCUUUCAAGUUAAUGAUAAACUUCCUGCAGUUUUAUCUUUUUCUCCUGUUGCAUUACCUAUGUUUUAGCUUAUAUUUUCAGUGUUAAAUGGCCUAUGUAAUGCAUAGAAGUUCCAAAAGAAGAUUACAUACUUCCACAGAAGUAUGUAAUGACAGAAGUUCCGAACUGCAUAAACUAAACAGGCAUGCAUUCUUAUACUCUGCUCUCAGUCUUUUUCAAAAGAACAUGUUUAUGGAUUUUAACUUCUAAACCUGUCAAGACUUAGAUCUUCCCUGCAACCUAACCAGGUGUAAAUGAUUCUAUGCUGGAAGAAUAAACAGAAAUUGGUGUCUCCUCAUGAA